AUGUUCUCCCGUGGACUCCGCGUCGUAUCGACGAGGGCCCUCCCCGCCAUCGCCCGCCAGACUGCUGUUUCUGCGGCCAGGCCAUCGGUCGCCGCCGCGCCCCGCGCCGCGCCCUCUGCUCGUCGUGGGUACCACGAGAAGGUCCUCGACCACUACUCCCGCCCACGCAAUGUCGGCUCCAUGGAUAAGAAGGACGUCGAUGUCGGCACCGGCCUCGUAGGAGCGCCGGCUUGCGGCGAUGUCAUGAAGCUCCAGAUCCGUGUCGACCCCGAGACCAACAAGAUCAGCGAGGUCAAGUUCAAGACGUUUGGUUGUGGCAGCGCGAUUGCCAGCAGCAGCUACUUGACCGAGCUCGUGAGGGGCAUGAGCCUCGACGAUGCUGGCCAGGUCAAGAACACUGAAAUUGCAAAGGAGCUCUGCUUGCCCCCAGUGAAGCUGCACUGUUCCAUGUUGGCAGAGGAUGCGAUCAAGUCCGCCAUCUCAGACUACUACACCAAGAACCCCAAGGUCAAGGCCACAGACCUCGCCGGCACCGCUGCCCAAAUGCCCUCCGCCACGCCCGAGGCCGCUACCGCCUAG